CUCUCUCUCUCUCUCUCUCUCUCUCUCUCUCUCUCUAGCUCUAUCUCCUUUCUCUCUUGGAUUCUCUCAGAUUCCAUGGAAGCUCCCAAAAGCUGAUUCCUGUAAUCAAUUUGUUUCCUUCGUCUCUCAGAUUCCGAUCCGUGCUCCUUACAUUGGACCUGCCUGAUGGUAUGCAGCAGCAGUCUCAUAAGGAGGAGUCUCAUUGUUCAGGCUGGUCGUAUUGGGGUGUUUGCUCAAGGAAGACAUCAGCAGCUUCACCGAAUUAACAAGACCUUGAGUGUUGGUUUCGGGUUUAGAACAACCACUGCUGCAAAGAUGAUGAUGGUUGAUUCUUCUUCUUCUUCUUCUUCUUCUGCUGGGGAGAAACGAGUUGAGAUGGUUGAUAUGCCUCCUGGGAAAGUUGAUGACGGCGGAUACAUUGGUGGUGGCUGGAAAAAUGAUGAUGGAAGCUUGAGCUGUGGGUACUGCAGUUUCAGAGGGAAAAGGUCUACGAUGGAAGACUUCUACGAUGUCAAGGCGUUUAAGAUGGAAGGCCAAACAGUUUGCAUGUUUGGAAUUUUUGAUGGUCAUGGUGGUUCACGUGCUGCUGAGUACCUGAAGAAACACCUCUUUAGCAAUCUUAUGACGCAUCCACAAUUUUUGACAGACACCAAGCUGGCAUUAAGUGAGACAUACAAACAAACUGAUGUAGCAUUCCUCGAGUCGGAAAAGGAUACUUACAGAGAUGAUGGCUCCACAGCAUCUGCUGCUGUGUUGGUGGGGAACCAUUUGUAUGUUGCAAAUGUUGGAGACUCACGGACAAUAGUUUCUAAAGCUGGGAAAGCGAUCGCGCUAUCAGAUGACCAUAAGCCAAAUAGAAGCGAUGAAAGAAAGAGAAUUGAAAGCUCUGGCGGUGUUAUCAUGUGGGCAGGAACUUGGAGGGUAGGUGGAGUACUGGCAAUGUCCAGGGCCUUUGGAAACAGAAUGCUGAAGCAAUUCGUUAUUGCUGAACCCGAGAUUCAAGAUCUAGAGAUUGAUCACGAGGACGAGUUUCUUGUUCUCGCAAGUGACGGUUUAUGGGAUGUAGUACCAAAUGAGGAUGCUGUAUCCCUUGCUCAAAGUGAGGAGGAGCCUGAGGCAGCUGCCCGCAAGUUAACCGACACUGCCUUUGCUCGUGGCAGCGCAGACAACAUCACUUGCAUUGUUGUUAAAUUCCGUCAUGAUAAGACCGAAUCCCAACCAAACCCCGAGGCUGAACCAGAAGAUGAUAUCCAAACCGAAUCAUCAAACCCCAAUGAUGAAACGGAAACCGAAUCAAGCCCCAAAGCUGAAGCGGAACCGGUUACCGAGGCUAUACCGGAACCAAAACCGGAAACCGAACCAGAGAUCAAAGGUGAGAAAGCGGGUGAGUAAUGUGGUCAGCCAGCGGGAGGGAGAGAGAGAUGUUUUUGGGGUCGAAAUUGAGGCAUGUGCAGACAGACAGAGAAAAUAUUAAAAUUGAUUUAGUAGUUUGUGUGCUUUGUGGCUACCUGUAACGUGUGAGGAUUUUAAUUAUUUUUGGUUUUGUGUUGCAUAUGGCACAUGCCUGCCUGUCUGCCAUAAGGACGGCGCCGCUUUGAACCUGUCCUCGAUUUUUGUCUAUUCAUUUCGCUCUAUUCUGUUUGGUUGGUGCUUUCUCACACCAAAAAAAAAAAGAGCACACCAUUUGUUGUGUUCCUCUCACUUUAUUUAUAUCUUAUCAUUCAAUAAACAAUGUUUUGUA